AAAGAGCAGUGGGUGUGGGUUGGCUUUGGCUUGGCUGGUCGCAGUCGCAGCAUAUAUACCACCUCGGCAUUAGAGCGGAGCGGUUGCUCUCUCCACCUCCUCUCUCUCUUUCUCUUUCGGUAUCGCAGUCGUCGUCGCCGCUCCCCGGCCGGGCUCGCUCGCGUGCGCGACCCACCCAGCCAGCACACCAGCCAGUCGGCGCAGCAAAGCAUGGGGAACUGCCAGGCGGCGGAGGUGGCGACGGUGCUGCUCCAGCACCCGGGCGGGCGGGUGGAGCGGCUCUACUGGUCCACCAGCGCCGCCGAGGUCAUGCGCGCCAACCCGGGCCACUACGUCGCGCUCGUCACGCUCCGCGUCGCCGAGGACCGGCAGGACGCCCCGGGCGGGCAGCGGCGCACCGUGCGCCUCACGCGCGUCAAGCUGCUCAAGCCCAAGGAGACGCUGCUCCUCGGUCACGUGUACCGCCUCAUCACCACCCAGGAGGUGACGAAGGCGGUGCAGGCGAGGAAGCAGGACAAGCAGAGGAAAGCGCAGCAGCAGCUGCUGGAGCCGAGGCAGGGCCAGGGCGUGGCGAGUGGCGCCGCGGCCGAGGAGGAGGACGACGACGACGAGGCAGCCUUGGACGCCAGCCUUGAUCAGUUGGCGCGGCAGGACAACGGCAGCCGGAGCUCCAGUGCGCGGCACCGGCAAUGGCGGCCGUCGCUGCAGAGCAUCGACGAGGCCACGACCUGAGAUGUCAGCUCCAUACAGCCGUAGCGCCGUAAUCAUUGACUACCGGUGGGCCUGUACUUUCGGCGAUCACCUGGCCUCGGUCAGUUCAUCGCAAGGGUUGCUAUUUGGCCUACUGCUACGAUUGCACACUGUGGAGUGGAGUGAGUUGGGAGCUUGACACCCCGGGAUGAGAGGGCACUGCUUCGGAUGCAGCAUGUAGCCUCGGAUCCGUGUAAAUUUUCAGGUCUUGGUCAGGAGUUUGUUAGUGAGACUGCUUUGCUUCUUCUUC